CCGAUGCGAGCAACCAAUUCGGGCUUUCCAGGCACAGCAUGAACGGCUUCCAGCAGCAGCAGCGCUACAACCGCGAGCAGCAGGAGGCCGACCUCGACGAGGUCCUCGUCGGCGCGCGCCAUCUCAACCACCACGCCAAGGCCAUCAACGGCGAAGUCGUCUCGCAGAACCACCUCAUCGACAACCUUGGCGACGACGUCGAGGCAGGCGCGGCUGAGCUGCGCUUCCAGGCCGAGAAGGCCGCGCUUGUCAACGCCCAGAAGAAGAAGAUGUGCUGGUACUAUGGCAUCAUUGCGAUCCUCAUCGUGAUCCUCAUCGUCUUAUACGCAGUGCCGCUGUAAAUGAUGACCCGAUUCAAGCGUCUGACAGAUCGAACCUUCCUAUAUACUACCACCAAUGCACCUCCACCACUCUACUCCUGUCGUCUUCUUCGUCCUCGUGGCGCCAUGAAAGGGAAAUAUAAAAGCCUUCCAGCAAUAUUCACAGGCUAGCGCCGUGGCCUUGUAGUCCAUUGUGCUAUUUCAGCGUCGAGACAUGUCUGCCUUGUGCAAAUAUGAAACCUUUCGGGCAAUUUGCGACUUUUCACGUUAGAAAUCAGACAGCGCUAGUGCCACAAAUGCAAAGAUACUUGCCUCGGCCGG